AUGACAGUUCCGCCCUUCGUCUGUGGUGCUCUCGGCCUGUACGCCUUUGCGCUAAGUUCGGAUCACUUCAAGGAACGGGGAUACCACAUCUUGGGCGGCCUGGUUAUUGGUAUCAUUGGCUUGAUCCUUACCGUUACAAUCUCCUCGAGUACCGGGCAGUACGUUUCACUUUGUGUGCUCCUAUCCGGUGUAUACAUUUCGGCUCCUCUCACCAUGGCAUGGCUCAGUGGCAACACGCCUGAGCCUGGCAAGCGAGCUCUUGUGCUUGGCGUCAAUGGUUUCGGUAAUCUCGGAGGCGUGAUCGGGGCGCAGUUGUACCGACAACGAUACAAGCCCCAUUACAGAUUUCCAUUUUACGUCACGCUGGGUUUCCUUGCCAUUGCUUUGGUCGGAUAUUUGUCUUAUCGAUUCAUGCUUGCAGCGGUCAACAAACGCAAGCAGACGAUAUUGAGCACCAUGUCACCAGAGGAGAUCGAGAGUGAGAGACUCAACGACCGCCGAUACGCAGACAAGAAGUUGACUUUCAUGUAUGGGCUAUGA